CGGCGAAACCUUUUUGACUUUUAUAUAUACAUCGCCUUUCCUUUCAUCCCCUCGACCUCGUCCCAACGACCACCUUGCGUCCACCCUCGACAACACGGUAGAGACAACACAAGUGGUAAACAAGACAACAAGCUUUACGGCAGGAUCCAAUAAAAGCAAUUUUCAGCAAACGCCACCCGCAGGAUUCAGAACGGACCGUCCGCUUUCUUCAACAACACAUUAGGAUACAGAAGGAGAAAGAGAAACUAGUGCAUGUCGUGCCCUACAGAGACAACAAAUUCCACUGCGGUGGACGAUGAAUUCUGGAGCUCGGAUGGGAUCCAUUGGGAUGCUCAUCGUAUUGGAUGGGCUGUUGCAGGCGGUUGUGCUGCCCUCACCACGUUGAUCACGCUGUUUACAGUGACGAUGCAUGCUACGAGGUACAAACAUCCUCCGGCGCAGAGGCAGGUUAUGCGUGUACUUCUUAUGCCUGCUGUCUACUCAAUAGUAUCCUUCUUCUCCUACCGCUACUACACCGAAUACGAAUACUACAUCCUGGCCGAGACGGCGUACGAAGCCGUGACGCUGUCGGCUUUCCUGAUGUUGCUGAUGGAGCUGGUGUCGAUGGGGACUGUGGAUCUGCAUAUCGGGUCGGUGUUGAAGGAGAAGGAUAAGAAAAAGUUUCCCUUUCCGUUCGGCUUUUGGAGGUUCCGGGCGAGCAAGCCGUAUUUUUGGCAUGCGCUCAGUUUCAGCGUGAUGCAGUAUGUCGUCCUCCGGCCGCUCAUCUCUAUUAUCGGGAUUAUCUGUCAAUACUAUGGCGUCCUCUGCCCAGAAGAAUAUUCCGUCCACUAUGCCGAAGUGUAUCUCGACGCUGUGGACUUUGUGUCGAUCUCGGUAGCGCUCUAUGGGCUGAUUGUGUUUUAUGUGUUGUGUAAGGAUGAGCUGAAGGGGAAGAAACCUUUGAACAAGUUCCUAGCAAUAAAACUCAUCGUCUUCUUCACAUUCUACCAAUCCUUCCUCUUCUCCAUCCUCCAGUCCCACGGCGUCAUCAAGGCCACGGCGAUGUGGACGGCGACGAACGUGUCGGACGGGCUGGCGGCGCUGUGUACGUGUGUGGAGAUGGUGUUUUUUAGUGUUUAUAUGGGGUGGGCUUAUAAUUGGACUGAUUACACCGACCCAUCAAAAAACCCGCACCAGCGCGAAACGAAUUUCAAAACCUACCUCCAAGCCAUCUGGGAUACCGUCAACCUGUCCGACUUUGGGGUGGAAGUGUAUAGGGCGUGCAGGUUUUUCGUGAAUUAUGCGAGGGGGAAGCCGGGGACGCAUUCGGAGAGUACGAUGUUGCAGAGGACGUUUAUGCCCGAUUCCAUCCCGGAUCAGAGUCAAGAGAUUGGUAUGAUCAACAAACACUUUUCCACCGACUCCGACGCUUCUGGCAACGCUGGCGCUCGCGUUGGCGGCGUUGGUGGAGGGUGGGGCCAAAGUUAUGCCCAGGGACAGGAGGGCAAGGGUGCUGCGCCUAUGGCUCAGACUCAACCCUCAUCUUACUCUUACGACCGCGAUCAAGAUCAAGGACAAGCGACCCAAGGGCAAGGGUACCACCCAUCUCAGUACACGCAGCAGCACCAACACCAAGAUUCGCAAGGAUACGCCAUGCACCCGUCAAACGAAGCCGGCUCUCCCGGGCAGUAUGCGCGUGUCCAGACGGGAGACGCGUUCCCUGAGGCGAGACCUACGGGCACGGGCCCACAGGGCAAGAAGGUGUAAGGGGACAGACGUCGCCGGG